CCGCGCCUGCGCCGUGGCACCCUCGUGUUUACAUCGACCCACGCACCCGGGCACUCUCUCCCUCGACAACACAAAUAGCUCGUUGCCAAGGGAUUUGCACCAACGGCUAUCGACUGUCUUCAUUUUAGGAUGCGACGGCAUAUAAUUGAACUAAAUUCAUUAUCAGAGUUCUUUUGACGGAGGAAAAUUUGACAAUUAUUAACGACGACUUCGGAUUUUGAGUGUGGAAAGUGGCAUUCAGGACAAGUGGAGAUGAAAAGCUGUAAGUAAUGCCAGUGGUGAUACCGGCGACACUGUCGCCGAGGGCGCCGGCAGGCUUGGCCCCGACCGGUCUCGGCGGGCCCCGGACACGUGAGGGGCUAGUUGCCGCGGGGGCCGCAGCCACGGGCCCCCGCGCUCGAGAGGGGCUCACCGCGGGUGUCGGUGGUCCCCGCGCGCGUGACGGGCUGGCCGCAGCGAGCGCGCGGGCGCGCCAGGCUCUCGUGGAAGCGGAGCACGCGAGGGCCCGCGAGGCGGGCUUGCGACGCCGCUUCCAGUUUGCGCUCAAUGCUCAGCUCUCCCACUCUAUCUUCUCUGGAAAUCAGAUACACUUAAGAUACAAAUGGCUGGAUGGGCGUCUAGUAGGCGCGUGGCCAACGCCGCGCUGGGAGUGGGUCCCCGCUAGCCGGGACGCGUCCCGGGACCACCGGUUUGGGCCGGAUCGCCGGGACCCCCUGCAGCUGCCCGCGUUCGAGCUGCCACCGAGGUUUCACCCGCCCACGCCGCCUAACAUACAUUUUACGCAUAUGGACAUACACAACGCGGCAGCGGGGGGCCCGCGAGCAGGCGGUGGAGCUGGAGGUGCCCCUGGCGCUUCAGGCUCCAGCGGCACCAGCGGCGCAGUCGGCGCGGGGGCCGCGGUGCUGGCGCUCGCGGCGCUGGUGCUACUCGCAAGGGCGCUCGAACGCUGUCUAGACCAGAGGCUGUUCAAACUACUGCGGAGACGAUCAGAUGAAUGGUUUACACCGAACGUUCUCGCUACGAGCCAUCACAUGAGAGAGGAGGGGACAGUGGAUGGCGCAGUCCCAGAGAGCCCGACUCUGCCUUUAGGCGACCCCCCACCACCGUAUUCCAUGUGCCUACCCAAGAGCCCGCAAGACCCCAGCAUCGCAGAGCCACCGCCGCCUUACUCAGCCUGCUACGUUGCCUUUGGGGGGCCACAGGAUCCGGUGCCAAGAGUGUAUCUGAACGGCCCCUCGUUGAACUCUUUUCAGGACACAGGCCAACCAGUUCCGGAUCAGAGCAGACAUGACGCCGUGCCUGAACCACCAGGAGUGACAGUGACACCUGAGGCUAUCAGUUCUGGUGAAAGAGUUGACACACAUCCUGAAUGGAGGAUGAGUAGAGAUAAUGUAGCUUCGGAAACAUCCGCUGUGUUUCCCAAUACUUUAGUAGCGUAGUCUAGCGAUCAUCUUUGCGAAGUAAUUGUCAUUUGCUUAGGAUCUUGUAUAGAAGUAUUUUUGUAUAUUACUUUAUAUUUAUCGCUCUUUAAGUAGGUGCCAUACCUAAGUAAUCCAUACUAAUUUUAGCAAGUAGAUAUAGAGCGGACAUUUUGUAAUUUAUUAACACGCCCGAAGUCAGACAGCACACGUAGAUUUUUUUAAACAUUUGUUCUAAUUUCUAAUAUUGUACCUGUAGGUACCGAAUGGUAUGUAGGUAUCUAGUAAAUGAUUAUGAUACUGGCUCUGUAAUAGAGAAAUUUGUUUAUGAAAUUUUAUUAGGCGUUCGUAAUUAUGCUUAUUAUUACAUUCUUUAUAAAGUGAAUACUCUUGUCGUAAACUUCGACGACAUACCUAUCAAAAAAUAUUGCACCUGAAUUCGAAUGUAGCGACCAUUACAUACAACGAAUUCCUAAGAAAAUAAAACCUACUUGUUAGACUGACAA